GUGUGCAACAGGUGAGGCCUGGCAGGAAAUCUUACUAGCUGCCAGCUAUGGGAAGCUGUGUGACCCUGAAUCGGAUUAUGCCCCUGGGGAAGAAUAUACUUGUGGCACAGGUUUUGCUUAUUUCUACUUCAUCAGCUUCUACAUGCUAUGUGCAUUCCUGAUUAUCAACCUCUUUGUUGCUGUCAUCAUGGACAACUUUGACUACCUCACACGAGAUUGGUCCAUAUUAGGUCCACAUCACCUGGAUGAGUUCAAACGAAUCUGGGCAGAAUAUGAUCCUGAGGCCAAGGGCCGGAUCAAACAUCUAGAUGUGGUGACUCUGCUGAGACGAAUCCAGCCUCCAUUGGGCUUUGGGAAGUUUUGUCCACAUCGUGUAGCUUGCAAGCGCUUGGUGGGCAUGAAUAUGCCCUUGAACAGCGAUGGUACAGUUACUUUCAAUGCUACCCUCUUCGCUCUGGUGAGAACUGCCCUCAAGAUCAAGACAGAAGGUAAGAGAUGA